UGCGCGCCUCCGUGCUGUAGCUGCCCCUAACCUUACAACAACAACAGCAGCAGGAAGCCGGCGGCUUGUCAAAGGAACAAGCCCUUAUCCUGAUGAUUUGAUCUAUUUGGAAUCUUAAAAAAUUUACAGCAAUGUUUUAGCACGCAAGGCUUCAGUUAUAGCCAGUUUGGGAGCUUAAAAUGAGCUUAGGUCCGUUUAUUAUGCGCCUCAUACCCACCUUGUGGCCUUGUGCGUAGUGUAUGUGAAGGAAAUGUUAAGGAAGUUUAGCCUUGUUGUGUAGCAAGUGGCUGGCUCAGGUCCCAUGGAGGCUUGAUGCUCGCCCCUUGCACGUCUGCACGUCACCAGGUGUGGAACUCGUUAGGCCAGCAGGUGUGGACCUCCAGCCCAGUAGGUGGGGGCCUCAUUAGGCCAGCAGGUGUGGACCUCCAGCCCAGCAGGUGUGGAGCUCAUUAGGCCAGCAGGUGGGGAUCUCCAGCCCAGCAGGUGUAGAGCUCAUUAGGCCAGCAGGUGUGUGGACCUCCAGUCCAGCAGGUGUGGACCUCCAGCCCAGCAGGUGUGGACCUCCAGCCCAGUAGGUGUGGACCUCCAGCCCAGCAGGUGUGGACCUCAACAAAGCAGGUGUGAACCUGAAGCCAGCAGGUGUGGACAUCAACACAGCAGGUGUGGAUGUCAAGUGCCAUCACUCCAAUCAACCCGUCAUCUCUGUUGUAUACUGUACACAUAAAGGAUGGAGCUGCUACCACAGCACGUACACAGUCCAGAUCCGCCAAGAUCGUGGCUCUCCAAGUCUACAGCUGUAGGAGCUGUAGCUGGAUUUUUGGUCAUAAUUAUGCUGCCUUUCUUGCACUUUGGAAUAAUCUCUCACCUCUGGGAUAAGUUCAAUUACAAAGUUGACCGAGAGAUGUGUUCAUGCUCGUGCUGGGACACAAUAUUUAAAGGAGUAUAUGAGAGAGGACCAGCAGGGUAUAAACAUGUAUACUUUAACAUCACUUCCAAUACUCUCAAGAUCUGGAUUGUUACAGCGCUAGCAGUCAUACUCUUAUAUGAAACUAUUAAGAGAAUAGUGAGAAUUUAUAUUGACGGAAAGGUACGAUGGUCCAUGGUGGUUCUUCUGGGAGCCAGCGUCUAUCCUCAUUACUACUCGUGGUGGUCUUAUUUUAAUUAUUGGAAUGACGACUUCUACAGCCAAUGGAACCAUCAGCUUUUCUUUUCUUUCACAGAGUUGGCAUCCACCAUCACAGUAGUGUAUUUAAUAGACAAGAACAUAGGGGUGACAGCAAGACGAGCCUUAAUCAUUACCGACAUCGCCAUAAUUCACAUCAUGACUUCUGGUUUUGACCAGUUUGUCAACAAUGUUGUCCAAGGAAAUGGAAUGCUUCAUCAGGUACUGCGCGAUAUAUUUUUCAUGAUUCCUGAUAUCCUUCAUCUAAUCCUACCAUUAUUAGAGCUCAAGAAAAUUGCUCAUUCGCGUAAUGUGCCGACAGCGUAUCUUAUUUCCAACAAAGAAUUUUUUUCUUCUGUGGGUUUUGUCCUUUGUGGAUGGUGUCUUUGCUUAGUGCUUUAAUAUAGUACCUUAUUAAUAUGAAAAGCAUAAUACUACAAGAAUUUUAUUUUUGGAGUUGCCUUGAACUCUAGCAUUUUAAGGAAUUACCAUGAGAAAAAUAUCUGAAGACAUUUUCUACAUAUACAGUAUCAUACUGUAUAAUACAGUCUAAGCAAAAGUAAUGUAAUGGAAACCUUAACCCUCAAAUUGUAGUCGUUGUCAUUUAUUAACAUUGUAGGCUUUGUGGUCAUCGCUAUUUUGCCAAUUUUCAUGAUUAUUUCCUGGUUUUGAUACCAGUGUUGCAAAUAUGGUUACAAUAGUACAGUACAUCUAAAUGGAGGUAAUAGUUUUAACCAUGAUCGAUGAGAAAUUCUGCUAUUGUUUUGUAAUUGCUUACUCUGUGAUGAGGGUGUCGCGUACCAGGGGUCUACAGUUUUUGUCAGAUGGUGAUUUUGUCGUUAUCAACAGUGUUUGACCCGGAGCCUGGACGGUGUUCCUAGACACAAUCGUGACAAAAAAAUGGGGUUUGUAUGACACUUCUUCUGAACGGUCCGAGGAGCAUUAACACCGUAUAGGCUUAUACAGUAUAUUGUAGGCUUGGUACAGUACAGUAUUGGAUCACUGUUUUUGUCAAUUAUUUGUUCAUAAACUUUCUUAUUCAACACAAACACUAUAUUGUGUAAACUAAUAAGUGAGACAAUGAGCAUAAAUAUCAUCCAAAUGGAACAUUUAUAGUCGUCUCCUCCACAAUCAAUGUGGAGUUUUAUUUUAUUUAUUUUUUUAUGCAAGUCGGGUGACAAUUUUUAUGAUAACCGCAUUCUGAGGGUUAAAUAUUCAAAAAUAUUUUGCUACUGGAACAAAACUUCAAUGUUCAGAUCAAAUGUUUGUAUGCAAUCUGGUCCAGAUUGGCAUCAUCAGUACUUGCCAACUAUAUUUUUGUCAACAAAAAUACUAAACAUUUGCAUUUAGUACUAAAUAAUACUAAACACUUAUCUUUAAAAUUAAAUAAUUUACUGUGCUUGUACUUAAACUAUACACUACUAAAAAUGGAACAGAUCAGUUACAGUAAAAUAAUGUGGCUUUUAUUGUGUGGGCGGCCCAAUGUUGAAGACUCGGACCUUUCCCAGUCUCGUGACUCACUUUCUCCGUGGCCUGGUUUUCUAUAAUCGGGGACAGGGGUUCCUAUUAGGAUUUCAAGGUAACCCCUACGGCCUUGGCCAACUGCUUCUCUUGCUUGGGUUACUACCAACAACAGUUGUCUAACUGGUGGGUGAACAUAGGCAUCAGGUGAAAGGAAAUGUUGUUCAAGUGCCUGUGUCCGUCUGUGGGAAUUGAACCAGAGAUCUUUUGUGUGUGAUACAAUUCCCACCCUAUACACCCAUUAUACACUCCCACCCACACAUUCAGCACUCACACUCUAUCCACACAUCCAGCACUCAUUCACACCCACACACCACUCACUCAUUGCCACCUCACACACCCAGCACCCAAUCCCACUCCCACCCACACACCCAGUAUUCACUCCCACCCAGCACCCACCCCACACAUCGUCUAGCCCAAGUGCCCAACCACUUGCAAUGGAUAGUAGAGUGACGGUUUCGCUUCAUGCAGGUCGGCAUUCAAUCCCCAAGUGGUUAGACACCAUUCCUUUCCCCCCGUCCCAUCCCAAAUCCGUAUUCUGACCCCUUCCCAGUGCUAUAUAUUUGUAAUGGCUUGGCACUUUCCCCUGAUAAUUUUCCCCUCCAACCCACCCAGCACUCACUCCCAGUGUUCAUUAGAGUCAAAGCUGCACCUAACUGGUACUAUACUGGUUUGUACUCUAAUCCUUAUUAUGUGGAUUGUGUGAGGAGACAAACAUCCUCUGGUCAUGGGCCACUACUCCGGCAGUCGAGGGCUUCCUUCGUAGAUUGUGAGGGUUGGAAAAUACUCUUACCUGUUGCCCGGGUGACUUAUUUUUCCCCUAAUAUCACAUGAGAAGGUUGAAGGUGAAACUACAUACAUAUUUAGUUAUCAAAGUGGUAUCUAAGCAUGUCCAUAUUCUGUAUUUACAUAUCUUUUCAGGAAUGGAAAGGUACUUGACUCAUCAUAAGGUGUGCAUGGUAGACUAGUCAUUGAUUCAUGAACACCAGUGUUGGUGAUCCCAUUUUCCCACCUCGGCGGUUAGUGUAGUGUCAACGAGACAGCAUUUAAUAAGUGGCAGUUAAUUCAUUAUAGCCAUUCACAUUGUAAUACUGUACAGUCAUAUUCACCAACAUAAUGUUACGAUCUAGCCUUGACACCUGCAUGUAGUAGCAUAAACCCCCUUGUGUUUUAAUCUAUGUAGAUGUAGUGUAAAUAAAUUAAUAUUAUUACA